AUGUCGUCGUCGCAGACCAUGACAGCGCCAGCGGUGGGCCAUCAUCCUUCAGAGGCUGGUCCGGGCAUGUCGUCUUUGUACGACUAUACCCGUUCUCAGCACUCGCCAGAGAACGACCAACUUUCGUCCCCGCCCACGGGUACCAGCGACUCCGCAAUCCGCAAUCUGCACGAUUCUGCCCCCGACCACUCCCCGUCCUCCCCCAAUGGCCUACAUUCCCUGUCCGGCAUGGUCACAGUCAAGUCCGAGUCUGAAGACCAGGCUUCCCAUGCCUUUUCUAAUGGUCAGGACUCGCAGUCGGAUUUCCGCCGUCAAUCCGCCGCCAGCGCCCUAUUAGCGCAGCUCCUUGGCGGCCAGCAAACGCAAAUGGAGGACUCGAAUCAGACGUUAGAGGGUCCCGGAUUAAUAGGCGGGCAAGAUAAUGAACAGAAACAUGUAUUUGGAGAUGCGUCGCAUGAAGAUUGGGCAACACAUCAAAUGGACGACGUUCCGCCCUCGGGGGCGGAACCGACCAACGGAGAUCAAAGUCAACACUCAGAGGCCCAACAUCACGAAGACAUGUCAUUUCAACAUUCUGAACUGCCCUUUUCAACGACUGACCAAAAUGCGAACAUUAUGGCCAAGUCCGGCGACUCUAUCGAAGGCCUGACCGACCCCUUGCUGUUCUCGAAAACGAGCCUCGACCAUCCCGUACUUUUUCCUCCGAUAGAUUUUGGACCAGCUCCGGAAACGCCAAUGGAGGGUUUGCAGCAGAACGAUAUGCUAAAUUCACCCUAUUUUCCCCAGAGUGCGGACUUAUCAGCUUUGGGAUACACCGAGGGAGCUUUGCAUGAUGGGAACGGCUCGGUAGCAGGAUCUGAGCCAAGGAUCCAAGCUUUUGCCAAACUCGAAUUCGAUGACGGGCAUUUCUACUGCAACACAUAUUCUUUUAUUCUAGGGCGAGAUGUACGAGCUGCACGAGCGGCGCAUCAACGCGAAUUUCAGGCCCGGCAAGUGACGAGGCAUUCGCGGCCGAAAAGUUCGAGUGGCGGAAACGCAUCACAUACGCCCGUACGAGCAAAGCCUGAAGGGAGUGGGGUUCUUGGAAGUGUUGUCAGUGACCGCGGUGGAAUCAUGGGCGUUGAUCCUGAUCUUCCUGGACAUAUGCAAUCACAUAUCAGUCGACGCUCAUCGGCUUCUUCACAUGGCGAGGCCGGCGGUCUUUUACAUGCGACCCCCGCUCAGCUUCAAACCACUACUGACUACAAUGCCCUUGCUAUGGAAUCAUUACAAGAAGGCGGUGGAGAUGCCAAACCUGUUGACGCUCUUGCCCUCCUUCCUUCGCCAGACUCGUGCCCAACCAUCCCGAUACAUCCUCCCGCCACAACCGAUGGUAGCGUUGCUGGUCAUCGCGGUAUUUCGCGAAAACAUGUCAAAAUUUCAUAUAACUUUGACAAGAACCUGUUUGAAAUGGAGGUAUUAGGAAGAAACGGUGCUUUUAUCGGUGCUGAUUGGCUCUCCCCGAGCCAGAUCAGACCGCUUCAUAGCGGCGAUUAUAUUCAAAUCGGAGGGGUCCGCAUCCGAUUCUUGCUUCCAGAUGUGCCGAUUGGAGAGACAGGUGCCGAUAUAGAGGAAGAACAGUUUGCUCCAGAGUCUCAAGAAAACGCCGAGGCUUCUGGUAUGGCUGAUAAUGAAGACGACCUUGAAAAGGACGGCUCAAAGUCAACGAAGAUUGUUUUGAAGACCAAGGAAACAGAAGCAGCGCAAUCUAUCGAAGGCGAUGGUCAGCAGCCAGCCCGGCGUCGCGGUCCUGGACGACCCCCCAAAGAUGGGAUCAUGUCAAAACGGGAACGAGCCGAGUUGGCGCGGGAACAGAAAUUGGCUGCCAGGCGCGAGGCAAACGGAGGCGUUACACCCCCACCACAAAGCAAACCGAAGGCAGGAAAGACAAUGACCACACCUGGAGGUCCAGUGCCCAAGGAAUCUGUGGAGGGCGAAUCGCCCAGUUCAAAGCCAGAGAAACGGAAGUAUACGAAAAGGAAGAAGGACGGGACUACGAUGGACAUCCCUCUGCCUUCAACAGAGGGUGGGCAGUUUCCCCAGGAACAACAGCCCCAAGAAUACGUCAAGCCUCCGCCUGUCAAGAAGCGCAAGCCUUCUCGCUCACCUUCCCCCAAUUAUCCACCAGAGUCUGCGUAUACGCCUGAAGACCUGGCUAAACCGCCGUAUAACUAUGCGGUUCUCAUCUUUGAUGCUCUCACCGAAGCCACCACGCCAAUGACGCUGAAGCAGAUCUACCGGGCGUUGAAGCUUAAAUACCCUUACUUCCGCUUCAAAUGUGAGACCGAGGGCUGGACAUCUAGUGUGCGGCAUAAUCUCAACGGCAACAGUCACCUCUUCAUGCAUGCAGAGCGAGAUGGCAAAGGAUGGUCAUGGCAACUACGGCCAGGUGCUUCCGUCGAAAAGGAGAAGAAAAGACGUCCGUCACCUCCUCCUCCCCCACCCGCCCAACCUCACCCUCCUCCGUCUGUGACUCCUCAAUACAUGCCACCCAUGCCAAACUCAUACCAAAACCAACCGAAUGGUCAAAAUGGUAUGGCCAAUCCGCACUUCCAAUUCUCAUCGAUGCCAGCAAACCCAUACCCUCCGCCGGCAGCAGCGCCCGCGCCCGCGCCCGCUCCAGCUCCUACUCCCGCCCCUCCGCCUGCUUCUGCUCCUACCCCUGCUCCUCCUCAACACGCAACUCCGUAUCCGCCUCCUGCACAGCCUGCGGCCUCCUCUCCCUUCCCAAUACCCAGUCCAAUCAAAAACAACCUCCCAGCUGCGUUUGCACAAACAACACCAACUACAUAUACCUCACCUUACGCCUCCGAUCCUCCACCGCAGCUUCUCCAGUACCAACAAUCCCAGCAGGCUCAACCACAGCCGCAACCACAACAGCAACAGCAACACAUGCAGCCGCCGCCUCCACCACAGCAUCAAUCACCAUAUCCACCCCCGAGCACCCAGUCACAUCCACCAAACAACAGCCAACCCCAGAAUUACCCUUCAAAUUCGGGUCCUCCACCACAACAUCAUCAACCUCAACACCAACCGCAGCAUCAACCGCAGCAUCAGCCUCAGCCUCACCACCAACCCAACCAACAGCAGCCACAGCAAGCCUACAACAUGGGAGGCCAGAACUCAGGGCCGGUACCUAUGGACACGUCUUCCGACGAGGCUUUCUUCAACGAGCGUGCUAACAAAGCCAUUGAUGACUUUGAAGCGGUGCUGCUGGAAGACUACGAAGACAAAGAUUAUAUCAAGGGUGUUCUAAAGAGUGCACGUGCUCGGGCCUUGGGGAGUGCAACAGAGAGUUCGUUCCCAGGUGGUGAGCCGCCUGAUGAAGCGGUUCUUCUCGAUGCGCUGAGAAGUAUGAUCCAGGGGUUGAGGGGAGAGUAA